AAAUUGCUUUCCAGAAUGGUUAGAUCCCUUCACAAAUACAUCUGCCUGACCUCCCACAGCUCUUCCAACAAUUGUCAUUGUACUUUUUUGUUCCUUUGCCCGUCUGACAAGUGUGAGGAAGUUGGUGAACCAUCCAAAGAGGAAAAGGCAGUGGCCAAAUAUCUCCGCUUCAACUGUCCCACAAAAUCCACAAAUAUGCUGGGUCACCGGGUUGAUUACUUUAUUGCUUCAAAAGCAGUAGAUUGCCUUUUGGACUCCAAAUGGGCAAAGGCCAAGAAAGGAGAAGAAGCUUUGUUUACAACCCGAGAGUCUGUUGUUGAUUAUUGUAACAGGUAUGGUUGACUUGCUUUUAAAGAACAGUUCUUUCACCGAGCAUUAAAAGUAAUGAAAGUGAAACUUGACAAAGACACAAAGAAAGAAAAAGAGAAAGAAAAAGGAAAGGUAGAGAGUGGGAAAGAGGAGGAGAAAAGAAGCAAGAAAGAGAAUCCAAAGGAUGAAAAGGCUAAGAAGGAGAGAGAGAAAAAAAGAGAUGGUGAAAAGGAGGAGUUGAAAAAGGAGGAAACACCAGGAACACCCAAAAAGAAAGAAGCCAAGAAAAAAUUCAAACUGGAACCACAUGAAGAUCAAGUGUUCCUGGAUGGAAAUGAGGUGUAUGUGUGGAUCUAUGACCCAGUCCACUUUAAAACAUUUGCCAUGGGACUAAUUCUUGUGAUUGCAGUGAUAGCUGCCACCCUCUUCCCUCUGUGGCCUGCGGAGAUGCGAGUGGGUGUUUAUUACCUCAGUGUAGGAGCCGGCUGUUUUGUGGCCAGCAUUCUGCUGCUUGCUAUUGCUCGCUGCAUACUAUUCCUUAUCAUUUGGCUCAUUACUGGAGGAAGGCACCAUUUCUGGUUCCUACCGAAUCUGACUGCAGACGUGGGCUUCAUUGACUCCUUCAGGCCUCUCUACACACAUGAAUACAAAGGACCAAAAGCAGACUUAAAGAAAGAUGAGAAAUCUGAGGCCAAAAAACAACAGAAAUCUGACAGUGAGGAAAAAUCAGACAGUGAGAAAAAGGAAGACGAUGAUGGGAAAAUAGGAACUCUAGGAAACAAUGGAACAGAGGGCUCAGGUGGGGAGCGGCAUUCAGACACCGACAGCGACAGGCGAGAGGAUGACCGUUCCCAGCACAGUAGUGGAAAUGGGAAUGAUUUUGAAAUGAUUACAAAAGAGGAACUUGAACAGCAAACAGAUGGAGAUUGUGAAGAAGAGGAAGAAGAAGAAGGAGACGACGAAGAAGAAGAAGAAGAAACGACUAGGCCUUCAUCUGAAAAAUCAUAAACGUGCUUUAUUUGGGGACUGAGUGUGUGCAAGUGGUUGGAUUUUCUAUGUUGGCUGAUCACCAAAACAUAUGUAUAGUGUUUGGAGUAGUCUUUAAAUCAGUUUGCUGAGAUCUCUUUGAUGUCCAGGCAGUUCUAUUCAGUUUUUUAUUUUAUAGACUACUAACUUUUUUUUGGUACAAUCUUAAGUCACUAAUACACAUAUAUAACAAUUUUAUCCAUUUAACAAUAUUCUGGCAGUAAGUAGCUUUUAUUCCUUUUUGAUAAAUGUCAAAGAUGUAGUUUCCUCAGUGGCAUUUAGAAUAAUGGCAUUUUUGAGCACUGUAGAGCUUCUUACUGUUAGAUGUGGCAGAAGAGAUGAAAGUGAAAGACCAGAAUUUCAGGUGAUGCAGUUAGGUAGCUAUUUAUGAAUUACUUUAGGAUGAAAUAAACACAUAACUCAUGACUCUUGAAACUUAAGCUAUGUUUCUUAAUUUUCAUAAAAUUGUACCAGAAAAUUUCUUUAGAAUUCAGAGUUAGCAGUUAUUUGCUUAAGAUAGGCUGGUCAGUAAUGAUGCAACACACAAUUUUGUUUAGCUCCUAAUUCUGUCCUUUAACUACCAACUUAGGAAAUCCAAACUCGUUUGUACAUCCGGUUGACAGAAGAAUGGUUUUCUCCGGCAAAGGAAAGGGAACAGCGUAGGUUGGAAAAUGGUGGCUGUUCUUUCCCUUCCCAUCCAUUUCCCCCAUCAUAAUAUGAGAAAGCAUUCUGUACAUAAUUUACAAAUAAAACAGACCUUUUAUUUUAAUUGUUACUUCUUAUUUAGACCUUUUCUCAGCACUUCAAUUUGUACAAAAUUAAGACCAUUUAAAGAUAUGUUUUUAGAGAAACACAAGUCCUGAUACCCCACAGAACAUUGUGUGUGUGUGAGUGUGUAUGUGUGUGUGUGUGCGCGCGCGUUUGUGUGUGCGUGCGCGCAGUGUGGGUGUCGUGAGUAUGUGUGGUGUAUCGAUCUCUCCACAGCAGCUGCAACUCGGUGCCAACAUUCCAUGUGUUUGAGCAGACUUACAGCAGCUGUUUUGCACGCCUUUGUGUUCAUUGAUUUAUCUUAAAUUUCUACAUUCAGAAACUGGAGUACUGUAUUAUCAAAUUAGGAGGCACUGCUGUGAAAGAGAAUUUACUGUUUUAAAGUACCAAUGAAAAUAAAGAACAUAAAAAUGACCAUAUGACAGUCA